ACUUGGAUUAUAACCUCCAAUUCUAAUGUUUGUAUUUGUAUAGUAUCGUCCUUACAAUAGACCGUUAACUUUCUCUCUAAUGUAGGAAUAUAUUUUUCUUUCAAAGUUUUAUCUCUGAUAAUCAAUUACUCAAAUUAUAGUGUUUUAAUUUUCGUAAAUAGUAGUAGGAUAUUUACAGAACGGCUUGGAAUGUUGGACAAAUUUCAACGCUGUUCUGAAUAGAUUUUUAGAUUUGUACAUUUGUUAUUUAUAGAAUAAUAAUCCAGUGAAUUCCAGCUUGAGAAUGUCUUCCAAAUCAGUCACCAGACUUUCAUCAAUUCCAGAUUCAAGAGAAUGGAAAUCAUUCUUCAUCGAUGCGGGAAUUCCAUCAGCCGAAAGUGCAACCUACGCUCUAACCUUUGCUCAAAACCGAAUCCAGUCUGACAUGCUUGUCAACAUAAACAAAGACUAUCUUCAGGAAAUGGGCAUUAAGCUGAUUGGUGACAUCAUUGCAAUCCUCAGGCAUUCAAGGAGAGUGCAUGACGAAAUUCAACGAAGAACGAUUAUGAAAAGUGGCGCCUCCACCCCAGAGACUCAAUCAGUUGUGUCUCAAAGUAAAGUGAUGAGUAACCCUCCAACCGUACAAGGAAAGAAAGUCGAACCAAAAGUAAUUAAAGUUGAAAAGUACAACGAUUCGGAGGAUGAGGAAGAAGAAGAAGAGGAGGAGGAGGAAGAAGAUGAAGAUGAUUACACCGAGGAUGAGGAGAUGGAGGAGGAAGUGGUAGCAAAGAAAGCUUUGAAAUCACAGACAGCACUUGUUAAGAAGAAGCAAUUAUCAGUGAUCAGCCAGGCAGUUAGUAGGCCGAUUGUAGCUCCUAGACCCAUUCAGAAAGUCGUGAAGAGGAUCCCUGCAGUUCCAGUCGAACCUCAAAUGACUGUACGAGUAACAGAGAAACCCACGACUAUGCUCAGUAAAAAGACAUCAGUAUUCACCCGAUUAGGAGACAGGGUGGAGAGCACAUCCCAGCAGAAAGUGGUGAUCCAGCAAAAAGUCACCAUGAAAUCAUUGAAUCCAGUCGAGCCUCAGAAACCUCACAGUUCCAACGCCUCAACGUCAUUGCCCUAUGUUGGAAUACUCAAGCAUAAGAGGCCAGCAUCCACGCCUAUUGUGUCCAGUGCUACGAAAAAAAUUUCGACUAUGAGGGCCGAUGAGGAACAGAAGAGACCAACUGAACGACCAAUCAACGAGAGAAUCAGCUCAAGAAAGCCUAAUGAAUUUAAAGUGCAGAAGCUGAAUGUAAAGGAUAGGCUGGGUUCAGUCAGUCAAGUUAACGAGAAACCAAUACAAGUUAAGACUCUAGGCUCAACCACUCCUAGGAUACCAAUAGUUUACAAUUCAGAAGUAUCAUCGUCUAAGAAGGUAUCCUUCGGACCUGUUCAGAAGAAAGAGUUCCAUUCUAUGGCCUUGAGAACGGGCAGAUUUAACAAUAGCUGGGGCAACUCGUAAUAUUAAAAAUUAUCUACUUCAUGAAAUCGUGUACUUUCAAUUAUCAUCAGCGAAGUAACCGCAGAACUGAUGUUUGUAUAAAGUUCAAACAAAUUGACAAACAAUCAAUGUUUGUCCGCAGUAAAGUAUGUUUGAUGUCAGAUAAUUAUUGACAAACAAGUUGAUGAGUCAAUUUUGCUGUUAAAAAGAACGACUAGCAGUCUGAUUUUUCCCAAUAAAUGAUGAUUAUUCACUUAGGGCCGUUUAAAUAUAAGUUUGUAUCUAAUAGUAAUAUAGCAUUUUUUGAAUAA